AUGUCCACCGAUAUUGUUGACGAACCUCUAUCGACAUCUUACGAUUUUUGUGAUGCAAAAAGUGCUAUUAUUGUUACACUUUAUGCUCAUGGAGCAUUUGAAGUAAAAGAUAUUGAUAUUUCUAUUGAAACAGAUUCACUUGAAGUUCGUACACCAGUACAUGAAAUAUGGAUAUUUCAAUUAUGGGAACAUAUUUAUUCUGAUCGUGGUGAAAUUGAAACAAAAAUAAAUGCAGCAAAAACACAAACAUCAAUUGAAAUACGUUUAAUAAAACAACAACCACGUAAAACAUGGCCACAAUUAUAUAGUUAUGGUUCAAUACCAAUAACACCACAACGUGAUAAUCAAUUAAAUGAAUAUAAUGAUAUUUAUAUGAUUGAUCAAGAACAAUAUGAUUUAUCAAUAAAAAAAUUAAAAACAGAUUUUUAUGAAACAAAUGAUAAAUUUACAUCAAAUAUUUAUAUUAAACAAGUCUAUGAUUGUCAAUUACAUUUUACUGAAACAAAUUUUACAGCUACUUUUCAUACAAAUGAUGAAAAUUUUCUUAAAAUUCAUGGAAUAACAUCUGAUAGAUCAAUAAGAUUAUUUGUUCGUGUAAAAGAACGUAUUAUACCACAUAAAUGUUCAUCAAGAAUAACACAAACAUUUAUUGAAAUCAUACUUAUUAAAGAUAAUCCAAAUAGUACAACAAAAUGGGGUCGACUUGAACCAAAUGAAUAUUCGGAAUCUCGUCCACUUAUCCAACAAACAUCACCAAAUACACCACCAUCAUCACCAAAUUCUACAAUGAUUAAUUCAAAUAAAGCUAUCCCAUUACCACCUCCACUUCCACCACCAGCAAUGGAUCGAAAGACAGAGAAAUUUCCUACAGCAUCAGCAUUUUCAUCAUCAAUUCAUCAGAGAGAUACUACAUCGACAUCAAAUAUUCCAUCAUCAUCAUCAUCAUUAAUUGGUUUUACUGGAAUAUCUAAUCCAGCUAAUUCAUGUUUUAUGAAUGCUGCUGUACAAUGUUUAUCUAAUACACGUGAAUUACGAGAUUAUUUUCUUGAAGCUUGCUAUUUAUCUGAAAUAAAUCGAACAAAUCCACUUGGUACGAAGGGUGCCAUUGCUGAAGAAUUUGGUACUUUAAUGAAAAAUUUAUGGAGUGGAAAACUUAAUUGGGCUAAUGCAAAUCGUUUACGAGCUUUUGCUGCUCAAAGACAUCAAGAAUUUGUUGGUAAUGGUCAACAUGAUGCACAAGAAUUAUUAACUAUUUUAUUGGAUGCUAUUCAUGAAGAUCUUAAUCGAAUAAUAACUAAACCUCAAGUACCACCAAUAGAAGAUCAAAGUCGACCUGAUCAUAUUGUUGCUGAUGAAUAUUGGCGUGGUCAUUUAAGUCGAAAUGAUUCAAUUAUUGUUCAAUUAUUUACUGGUCAAUUUAAAUCGAAAACAAAAUGUCCACAAUGUCAUAAAGAAUCAAUAACUUUUGAUCCAUUUACAACACUUUCUGUACCAUUACCAAAACGAACAGCUGUUGAUACAAUUGUUACAUAUAGAAAUGAUGAAAAACCACCGAUUAAAUAUCGUAUUAUUAUGUCAGCUGAUGGAUUAAUUAGUGAAUUUAAACGUGCUUUAUCUAAUAAAUGUGGUUUACCAGCGAAUAAAAUGAUAGCAUAUAAAAUUCGAGGUAAUCGUAUUGUAGAUCAUCUUAAAAAUGAUGAUCGUCUUACAUCAACUGGUUAUUCAUGGAAUAAUAAUGAUAUUAUUUAUGUAACAGAAACAAUAACAAGUGCUGAAUGUAAUAAUGAACCAAUUAUUCAGUUAACAUUUAUGCAACGUAUAUUUAAAUUACAUGAAUAUGUUGCAUCAUGUGGUUAUUGUCAAGCAUCACCUAAUCCACAUAGUUCAUCAAAAUUUUGUCCUAAUUGUUAUCAAAUAUGUUAUUGUGAUGAUAUAUGUCAAAAACUUCAUGCACAAGAACAUAAACAUUAUUGUGGAUUUCGAUCAACAGAAAAUUAUGAAGUAAUUGGUAUUCCAUUUAUUAUUUCAUUACCAGAAUCGAAAUUAACAUGUAAAAAUGUAUUUGAACAGAUUAGUAUUUAUGCUAAACGAAGUGUAGAUAUUCAUAUAGAAUGUUCAAAACGUACUCGACGAUCAUUACCAUUAAAUGAUGAUUAUGAUGGUGUGAAUAGUGAUUUAGAGGACGAUGAAAGAGAUGAUAAUGAUGAUGAAGAUACUUUUAGUGAUAUUGAAAAUAUUGAUUGGCCAACAAUAAAAAAUACUCUUUCAUCAUCUGAUUCUUGGUCUAUAUGUCGUUUAGGUGAUUAUUUUGUUAAAACUGGUAAAAAUAAACGUCGUCGUCAUUAUCAUCAUGAACAAAUAAAUUCUAAAGAUAAAAUAAUUGAAAAUAAUAAUCAUGAUGAUGAAACAAUAAUAUCAAAUAGUGAUAGUAGUACAGAAGAAUUUGAUAUGCUUGAUGAUAUAUAUAGAAAUCAACAAUUAUUUCGUUUAAUGCCACAACCAUCAAAUAAUUCAAAUAAUAUAAUUCAACCAAUUGUUGAACCAGGUGAUGAUGCUGAUAAAAUUUUACGUCGUUAUACAACAUUUUCAAUUGAUUGGUUUACAGAUAAUAAAAAUGAAGCACCAUUACGUGUUAUACCAUCAAAACAUCGUAAUGGUAUAAAUGAUCUUAUUGAAGAUGGUAGUGUUUCUAAUAUAUCUUCUGGUGAUCAAGAUAUAACACUUCAACAAUGUCUUCAAAUGUUUAUUGAACCUGAAGUAUUAGGUCCUGAUGAUAAAUGGUUUUGUCCAAAUUGUAAAGAACAUAUGCAAGCUGAAAAGAUUAUGUCAGUUUGGCGUUUACCACCAAUACUUAUUAUACAUCUUAAACGAUUUAAAUAUAAUCAUGGUUCAUCAUUUGGAUAUUUUUCUGAUUCAAGAGUUAAAAUUGAUACAAAUGUUAAAUAUCCAGUUCAUGAUCUUAAUAUGGCUUCAUAUUGUUCAUCAACAACAGAUUCAUCUCAAACUCGUUAUGAUUUAUUUGGUAUUAUAAAUCAUCGUGGUAGUGCAUGGUUUGGACAUUAUACAGCUCAUGCAAGACUUUUAGCUUAUAAUGAUUCAGCUAAAACUGAAAUUGCUUGGAGAAAUUUUGAUGAUGAACGUGUAUCAACAUUAUCAUAUGAAAAAGAUCUUGCUCGAUCUGAUGCUUAUGUUCUUUUUUAUCGUCAUCGUCAUUUACCAGUUAAUUUUGUUAUAAAUGAACAGAAUACAUCACCAACAUCAAUGGAUAUAUAUGAAGAUACAGUAACAAUGGAAUCAUCUUCGAUGAAAGAUAUACAAGAUCUUUUACAAUAA